UCCCCCAGGUGAGACUUCGUCCCACCGCCUCCGCAUCCAGCCCACCCCUUCCCUUUCAGGGCCGCCACCGCCUCCUCCUCCUCAUCUUCCUCCUCCUCAUCUUCCUCUCCGUGCAGCCCCCCGGCCCUGCACCCUUCCCGGCUGCUCCCGCGCCACGUGGCAGCGCCUCCCGCUGAGCUCACGCGUGGCCGUGGGGCCGAGUGCGGGAGCUCCGGAGCGUGCGUGCGUGCGGGACCGAGCCGAGCCGAGCCGAGCCGUGCCGAGGAGCAAGCGGGUUACGCCGCCCGCCUCGCUCUGUGCAACACCCUCACCUCACCGCGUCCCUCCCCCCCACCCCAACCCCCUUCGUUUUCUUCCCACUCCAGCCUCCCGCAGUUAGUUAAAUAUUUCUUUUGUUAAUUGGCGCCCCGAGUGUUCCCAGCCCCGCGCAGCCCGGGCCGGCACCGCGAGCACGCCCAGAUCCGCGCGGAUUUAAAUGUCACUCAAAGCAUCCCUUAAUCAGCUCUCUACUCGUCUCUGGUUCCUUCUGAGGCAUUAAUCGGAUCAUACGCUGCGUUUGAGGAGCUCGCGUGCUUUCCCCGAGGAGGAAAUUUGCUCCAUCUCCAGCAGCAACCACUGCUCCUUUUGAUGUUGUGGUACGCCGUGCGCAUGCGCUUCACAUUAGAAUUACUGCACUGGCCAGAAUAAGUUGGAUCUCUUCUUCUCUUCACUGAAACCCUAAAUCAUAUCAAAAGCUAAAGGGAUGCUGAGAGUUCGGAAAAAGGGUUACUUUGGGAUUUGGUCAUUCCCUUUGAUAAUAGCGGUGGUGUGUGCACAGAGUGUCAAUGACCCUAGUAAUAUGUCACUGGUAAAAGAGACCGUGGAUAGACUGCUGAAGGGCUAUGACAUUCGCUUGAGGCCAGAUUUCGGAGGUCCCCCAGUGGCUGUUGGCAUGAACAUAGACAUUGCCAGUAUAGACAUGGUCUCAGAAGUCAAUAUGGACUAUACCUUGACAAUGUACUUUCAGCAAGCAUGGAGAGAUAAGAGGCUGUCAUAUAAUGUAAUACCUCUAAACCUUACUCUGGACAAUAGAGUAGCUGAUCAGCUAUGGGUUCCUGAUACCUAUUUCCUGAAUGACAAGAAGUCAUUUGUACAUGGUGUCACUGUGAAGAACAGAAUGAUCCGUUUGCAUCCAGAUGGGACAGUCCUGUAUGGACUAAGAAUUACAACAACAGCUGCUUGUAUGAUGGACCUACGGAGAUAUCCGCUGGAUGAACAGAACUGCACGCUGGAGAUUGAGAGCUAUGGCUAUACGACAGAUGACAUUGAAUUUUACUGGCGUGGGGGUGAUAACGCAGUCACAGGAGUCACAAAGAUUGAACUGCCACAGUUCUCCAUUGUAGACUACAAGCUUAUCACCAAGAAUGUUGUUUUCUCUACAGGUGCCUACCCAAGGCUGUCUCUCAGCUUUAAACUUAAGAGAAACAUUGGUUACUUCAUUCUGCAGACCUACAUGCCUUCUAUUCUGAUCACUAUUCUGUCCUGGGUUUCCUUCUGGAUUAAUUAUGAUGCUUCAGCUGCAAGAGUUGCUUUAGGAAUCACAACUGUCCUCACAAUGACCACAAUUAACACUCAUCUUCGAGAGACUCUUCCCAAAAUUCCAUAUGUGAAAGCCAUUGACAUGUAUCUUAUGGGAUGUUUUGUCUUCGUUUUCAUGGCUCUGCUAGAGUAUGCUUUGGUCAACUACAUCUUCUUUGGCAGGGGACCUCAGCGUCAAAAGAAAGCAGCAGAAAAAGCUGCCAGUGCCAACAACGAGAAGUUGCGAAUGGAUGUCAAUAAGGACAGAAGAAUAAUUGGCACAUAUCAUUGUCCAGAAAUGUAUUCAACAAAGAUGGACCCGCAUGAAAACAUUUUGUUGAGCACUCUUGAAAUUAAAAACGAGAUGGCUGCCUCUGAGGCUGUGAUGGGGCUUGGGGACCCUAGGAGCACGAUGCUGGCCUAUGACACUUCAAGCAUCCAGUACCGGAAAGCUGGCUUACCCAGACACAGCUUUGGUCGCAAUGCCCUCGAGCGGCAUGUGGCACAGAAGAAAAGCAGGCUACGGAGACGUGCAUCUCAACUGAAAAUUACCAUCCCUGACUUGACUGAUGUAAAUGCCAUAGAUAGAUGGUCACGCAUAUUCUUCCCUGUUGUUUUUUCCUUCUUCAAUAUUGUCUAUUGGCUUUACUAUGUGAACUAAGAAACAAAGCCACACAGGAAGCAAGAACUGGAUUUCUCUUCAAAUCAGUUGUACAGCCAAAAGUGGGACUUAGAAAAAUUCUAUUCAGGACAAAAAGUUAUUUUAAAACACCUUAGUUGCUGGCCCACGCUAUGGUCUGUUUUUAUAACAUUUUGGUUGUUUCUGCUAAAUCAUAAACAUGUAAAUUUGCAGUAUGGACAUAUCCCCUUUAUGAAAAUAUAAGUGUAUUUCAAAUGUGAAGGCAAAUUAGAUUCUGACAAUCAUCUCUGUCUCGCUGUCUCUCACAGCUUCUUUCUUUUAAUGCUCAUGUGAGUGUAGUGACACAAAUUAGAGAGGCAUUUGAGAAACAAAUUUUAGUUUCAGCAGCAGUAUAUACCACUCAUUCCCUGUGAAACUGCGUAUCCAAGACAUGCAUGUACGCAUAUUAGAGUGUACUAAAAUAUUAUCAUGCUUAUGAAACACACACUUUACCUUUUAAAGGUGUAAACUUGAAAACAAAUAGUGCCUAUCAUCUUUCCAAGAUGAUGAUGGUCAGAGGUUUCCCAACCGCAUUCAGGUAUUUCCUGUUAUUUAUUGAAAGAGCUAAACCUUUGACUGAUAAUAUUUGGGUUGGGUGUUUGCACAGAUACUGAAGCAAAAAGCACUAGUUUUGUUUGGGUUUUUAAGAGAUAGCAUAUGCUCACAGUCCCAAUGACUGUAGCUGUGAUCAGUAGAGGAAUGUAGCAAUGGUAUAAAGACAAGUUAAACAAUCAUGUCCUGAAUGGGUAAAUGUGCUAUUGUUUUGUGUGGGGGAAGGGGAAUCGUUUGUUCAAUGUGCCAAAAGUUGGUUGGCCAAUUAGUAGUUCUCUUGGUGGUUGAAGGAAACCAGUGGUGCUCUGCCAUUCUACUGAAAGGUAAAGAGCAAUUAAAAAUAAAGCACCAGGGAAAGUGAAGGCUACGUAUUUGUAAAAGUAUAUAUAUAUACACAUACUGUGCAAAUGAAUGUUGUCAGUCAUAGUACGUCUUAGUCUGAAAUAUUCAUGUAGAUUUGUGAGAUUUCUUUACAAUUUGUAAUCUUUCUAGUGUUAUGCUUACCACAGUCAUUAUGCUUAACACCUAAAAUCCAGAUUGAUUGAAGGUAUCAUACCUCUUUUAACAGCGAAGAACUGAGCAUUCACAUUUCAGUACAAAAAUACUGAUGAGUAUUUUCUCAGUCUGGAUUAGACAGUACCAUUUCACUUUCUGUUUUGUUUCAUUUAGUGAACAAUUUUAAAAGGGAAAGAUUUGGUAGCUAUCACUUUAAUAGUUUGCUUACACUAUAGCAUCAUUGAAUGGUUUGGGUUGGAAGAGACCUUGAAGACCAUCUAGUUCUAACCCCCUGCUGUGGGCAGGGUUGCGACCCACUAGAUCAGGUUGCCCAGGGUCCCAUCUAACCUGGCCCUGAACACCUCCAGGGAUGGGGCAUCCACAGCUUCCCUGGGCAGCCCAUUCCAGUGCCUCACCACCCUCUUGGAAGUCUAUCCUAGGGUGUUUUCCACUGAAAAAACUACAAAAAUUAAUUUUUUCUUUAGGAAACUUACUUAAUCUCUUUUUUUUCAUUCCAUAGAGCUUUAAUCAUAGAAUCAUAGAAUCACCAAGGCUGGAAAAGACCUAGAAUAUCAUCCAGUCCAACCAUCCAAUUUUAUAGGCAAAGUAGAUUUUGCCAUUUAGUCCAUUGUGGAAAAGUUUUCUGUAAUGAAAAAAGAAAACUUUUCAGGAACUGCAUAAAAAGUAUAACUUUGCAAUGGCUUCUACAAAGUUAAAUUCCCAAUCUUGUUUGACAGAAAAUUUAAAAUGAAGCAAAAGCCACAUGCUACUGUAUCUAUGCUACCUCUCACAUGUGUACCAGUUUCUGAAAUGAACUCAAAUUUCAGUACCUUCCAGAUAUCAAAGGAAAUUUUUUCAUGUGUAGAUACUUUUUUCCCCAUAUAACUUUGGCAGUGCUUUAAAAUAGUAUAGAAGAAUAUUUUUGAUAAAAAUAUUUUAUUUGAAAUUUUUGUUCUUGCUUUAAAAGAGUGAUUUUCCAACAAGUUACUGUGCUUUUCUGCCCCCUUUAACAGAUAGGAGGAAAACAGUUGUGGGAAAUAUAGGAGACUUUCUGACUUUGUUUUGGGCAUAACACAUGUAUUCGCUUUUCAAAUGAGAGAUAACUGUUUUGAGCCUAAAAAGGGAUUUGCUGGACAUAGACACCACCUGUUGUUAUCAAGGGAGUUGUGUAUGUUCAUGGGCUACGAUAUGUAGUCAAGCUUUCAUCCCAUGACAAACUUUCCAAGUCAAAUUGUUGCUUUUUAUUUCACAUACUUACUUUCUGGCUGCAUUUCAUGCACAAUGCAAUAAGCUUUGCAGAUGAGUGUGGAAUUUCAAGUAUGAAUCGUGUUGCAAUUUUUCCCAAUUCAAAGAAAACUUCAAAAGUGCCACAUCAAAAUACAGAAUUUCUCUUCAAAGUCUGUUCUUUAAUAAUGGUACCCAUUAUCAUAAAUAAAAGCCGUCUUAUAGUAUUCUACUGUAAAAGUUUUUCUUUCAUUUCACAAAUUGCUAUCCAUUCUUUGUGUAGGGCUGGGUUUGUUUUGCUUAUACAUUUGUUUCACAGAAGCAUAGUGUGAAUACAGGGAGCUCACAGCUUGUUUGUGGUCGAUACUCCUCAAAUAUGAAACCUUACAAAGAAUAUGUUGUUUGUCAGCAUUUACUGCAUGAACUAGCUAUGAAAACCAGAGACUGAAACCUCGAACUGCACAUUAGUUUAUUUGAAGUUAUAGUAUAAGCCAUAACACACUCUGAUGUCACUAUUCAGAGCGUGAAAGAAAAUGUUUGGUUUUUGCUCAGGUGUCACUAGGAAAGAUGUAUUACCUGGGAGGAAGGAGAUCUUUCGCUUUUACUGUGUCCUUCUGGCUAUUAAUGCGAGAUAUAUAAUUAGUGAAAGGGAAGGUUUCUUCCAGAAAUUGAGUGGUUGUCAUUUUGUACUAAGGCUAAACACUGUGAUACAAAAAGAUGCGGGUACGAAAGGCUGGCGAGGCACUGUCAAGGGAAAAACUGAGUAGAACUCAAGAGCCCAUGGUGAGCACUUACUCUUUUUCUGAGAUACUUGAGUGAACGUGAGAAAUUAUGCCAACAUACAUGAGGCGUGGGUACUAAUGUGCGUGCUACCCUCCAGGUAAACUAGAAUAAAUUUGCUUUUACUUUAGAACUGACAGAAAAUAUUCUAGAUCCUACUAAUUCUGUUGAUUGUUGCUAGUCUCAAUAAGCAAAAUAUGAAAUUAAAUUUUAGAUGAAUCUUGUAAUAUAAUUAUAGUUACACAUUUUAUUGUUCUAGACAUGAUAGCCAGCAAUUAAGGUGUUUUUCAUCUUAUUGAAAUGCAUUGGCAAAUUAUGACUAUAACAUGGCACAGUUUUAAUGAAAUCUUUGAGAUCAACCUGUAAAUAUCUACUGUAUAUGACUGCUAGUAAGUAUGAUACACAUUCUCAGAACUGAAAAUCCAUGCAACAUAUUUCCAUGUUUGCAUAAGAAAUGUUAUGUUUCUAUCCUAUUGCAAUUUAAUGACUGGGAAGAAAGACUCAAGCAAUGCCAUUGUGAACAUUUCUUUUCUCAUUCCCAGGGGAGGAAAACAGAUAACAGUAUGUCACAGAGUUCUUCACAGAAUUUUUACAUUCUAAUUCAAAGGAUAUAAAAUCUGUAAGGUACAAAAGCACAAUGCGUAGUGAAAAUGAGUGGUGGUCUUGCACCUGGGGAGCAAAUCCUUAUUUCAGACAAAAUAUGCAUUAAAAUUAAGAUUUGAUUAUUUUUCAUUAUAAUUAUUAGUCUGUGUUACAAUUCUAUAAUUAGCACAGAACUGAACAUAGGUGAACAAAUGUUAAACAUUAUCCAACUAUAUGUGCAUAUGGACACGUGUCUGUAUGGACAUACGUGUGUAUAUAAACACACGGUGGGUAUAUAUACACACACAUUCAUAUGUUGGUGUGUUAAAGGAAUAAGCUAAUAAUUCUUUUGUUUCUACCAUCAACCAGUGUAUGAUUAUAUUUUUGAGAAAAAACAUUAAUGUAUUUAAAAAAACAACUUACUAUACAGGGUAACUGGGCAUUUCUAUAUCAGCAGAUCAAUGCAUAUGAUUCGUAUGGAACAUUGCACCAUUUGACAUGAUGAUAGUACUGUACCUCCUAGCGUCUGAAAUUAGACUAGUCCUCACAUUGCUUGCCUAUUUCUUCUCUCUCUUUUUAUAACAGCAUUGUCCACUAGUAAGUUUUCAAAAACAACAGUUCUAAGGGAACCAAGGCAAAAUGACAAAAUUAUUAACUAUUUCUAGAAAAUAAUCUAGAGUGGGAUGGCCAGGGUACAAAACUAUAUCAGUAGUGAUCAUAACAUUUUGCUAUGUGUACAUAGAACAUACAAUGUGAGCAACCAUAACUUAAGCUGAGCGUGUGUAAAUAUUAUCAGAUUUCUUAAACAUUUUUAACUUCUAAUUUGUACUUUAUGGUAAGGCAAAAAGCUAAUUCUAUGGUUUAGGUUAAUGUGUCCUAAAAUUAUGUAAAUAAUUAAAUAAGCUGUAAAUGAGCAGUCAAUAGAUACAGUAAUUGUUUAGUGACUUUUUUUUACUAAGUACAAUAACUGCAGUGCUCUAGCAGAGUAAUUUAAACACCCUUUUGCAUAAACAGAUUUGGAUACCAGAUAUAAAAAAAAAUACAGAAAGUACUGGAGUGCAAAAAAACCAUUUCAGCUGUAUUACUGCUAGCACAAUCGGUUCUUUUGUAUGGUUAAACCGUUCAAGCAGUGGAAGACUGUAGUUUGGCACUCAGUACUCGGCAUAAAGAAAUAAGGCCUGAUUUUCACAUACAGUAAGGUACCUUUAUGUUGCUCCUGUGAGUGGCGAUGUGAAGGAAUCCAGGGUAGGUGAGAAUUCAGCUGUUGGUGAUCUCAUUACAGAAAGUCUGCAUACUGCAUCUCUUUCUGCAAUCUGUAUCUCUUAUGGUAUCUAAUAGUAGACUUAUAGUUUUUCUUUAGAAAAAAAAAAUAUAUAUUUGACUGUCAUUAGAUAGCAUAGUCCCCCAAAACCAAAGAAUCUUCACUCCAGAAAUCGUUUAAAAGGGAAAUCUAAUAAGUCACUGCUUAACACCAAAGGUAAAGCUUAAUAAAGUGCACUAGGAACUUUGUCUAAAUUUUUAAGAAGCAAGUGGAAUGUUGAUCAAAAAUACUGCCCUAUUCUACUUUGUAAAAAUAGUAAUAAUUUAAAUGUCCAUUAAUAUCAAAUUGAACUAAAUCAUCUCUACAAGAAUAUGCAACACAAACAUUUCAUGAGUAUAAAAUUAUUUUCUUUGUAAGUGCUUUGACAAAAAAAAAAAAGAAACUUAAAUGAUGAAAAAUCUCACCUAUACUUUCAUACUAAGGGUUGUAUUUUUUUAAUGCUUUUUCAGACAUAAGGUCAUCUAUUCCAAUUUGAUAAUGUUUUGUAUGUUUUCACUGUUAACAGUCAUUUGACAAAUAUUCACCAGGCUGUAUUGUUCAUGGUCUGUCCUGUUACUUUCAGUUGAAGACAAAAUGAACAUCUGAAACAUGAUUAAUUCUAACAAGCUGACUAUGAUUUGACUUCUAUCACGUUUUUAUUUGCAUGGGUGUUUAAAUGGUUCUGUUAGUACUGUCUUUGCACAGUUCUGAUUUAUCUUUUUUACUUAGUACUAUUUACUUCAUAAUGUAGUAAUCAUCAGCCUUACUAAUGACCUUGUAGCCUUUCUUAUAUGCACAUAAUGCACAUUUUCCAAUGGCUAGAAAAUGCAAAAUACUAGUGGAUAUCAUCGCAUCAGAUCUUCAUGUCUUUCUCAAAAGGACUGCUAACCUCUGGGAUACACGAGGUAGUAAAAUGAUGAUUGUAAAUGAGUAGCACAUAAGAGAUAUUUUCUUGAAUUUAAAAUUAUUGCAGCCAGUUUCAGCAUGUAAAUAUAUAAUAAUGUUGGCUAGUGUGUAAUUCUUGAACUAAAAAAAUAUAAAUAAAGAAAACCUAAAAGAUG